AUGGCUGGCGUCAUAGGCAAUAUCGGACAUUUCGACGAAAAUGUUGAACAAUGGAGCUCAUAUACGGAGCGAUUUGAAUAUUUCCUGCAGGCAAACGCCAUUGAGGGUGAGAAGAUUGUGCCUACGUUUCUCAGUGUGAUGGGUGCAAAGACCUUCACUUUGCUACGCAGUCUCGUGCAGCCCGCGAAACCAGGUGAGAAAACUUAUGCGGAGAUUGUGGCUGUGCUAAGCGCACAUUUUUCACCUAAACCGUUGGUGAUAGCGGAACGAUUUCGAUUUCACAAGAGAAAUCAGGAGGAGGGAGAAACUGUAACUAUGUUUGUGGCUGCUCUGAAGAAACUUUCUGAACAUUGUGAAUUCGGUGAUGUUUUGAAUGAUACAAUCAGGGACAGGCUCGUAUGUGGAUUACGAAGUGAAGCCAUUCAAAAAAGACUGUUAAGUGAAAGUAAUCUCACAUUGCAGAAAGCCACUGAAAUAAGUGUGAGCAUGGAACUUGCGGCUAAAGAAGCCCAGCAAUUCAGUAACUCAGAUAAAGUGCAUAAGUUGUCUGCUGACAUGAACACAUUCCAGAAUUCCCCUGGUAAAGCACCUAAAAAUGCAACAUGUUAUAGGUGUGGGAAAGUCGGACAUCUUGCAUCGGAGUGUUGGUGUAAAGAACUGGUGUGCCGUAGUUGUGGAAAAAAAGGCCACAUAGAACGUGUUUGCAGAGGAAAACAAAAGACUGCAAAACAAAAAUUCAAUAAAAUGCCUGGCACAUCAAAGAAAAAGAAAAAUGUGUAUACAGUGCAAUCAAGUUGCAAGGAGUACACAGACGACACUGACUCCUCUUUGGAGGAAGUUCCUCUAAAAAUUCUAGCCAUGGAAGGAGACUCCAAAGGCUAUUGGGUGACACCCAUCAUUGAAGGAGAACCGGUGCGUAUGGAGAUAGACACUGGCGCUGCUGUGUCUAUAGUGUCAGAUGCUGUGUACCACAAAACACUCAAACAUGUCUGUCUAAAGCCCACCAAUAUCGUGUUGAAAACAUAUACGGGGGAGCCUGUGGCCAUAAGAGGUGUAAUGGAUGUGGAAGUGGAAUUAAAUGGUCAGUCAGCAACAUUGCCACUGUAUGUGGUUAAAGGGGACUACCCAACUUUACUUGGACGAGGAUGGCUGGAAACAAUGAAACUGGACUGGCCGAUGGUGCAGAUGGUGUCAAAGGGAAACACUGAGCUCAGUACUGUUCUGGGGAAACAUGCUAGUGUUUUCAGGGAUGAACUUGGUACGAUGAAAGACAUUACUGCUAAACUCGACAUCAAGCCUGAUAGUAAGCCCAAGUGUUGCAAAGCCCGUUCUGUGCCAUAUGCUAUCAGAUCAAAAGUUGAGAAAGCUCUGGAAGAGCUGGUAACCAGUGGAGUCAUCGUACCAGUGAAUAGCAGUGACUGGGCUACGCCUAUUGUACCCGUGCUUAAAAAAGAUGGGUCUAUUCGGAUUUGCGGCAGGGGGAAGCGGUUCAGCAAACUUGAUUUGAGUCAAGCCUACCUACAAAUGAAAGUUGAUGAGAGCUCUAAAGAGUUACUGACAAUUGUCACACACAAAGGGCUUUUUAGAUACCAGCGUCUUCCUUUUGGUAUCACUUCGGCUCCUUCGCUUUUCCAGAGGGCCAUGGAUCAGGUAUUAAGUGGCCUGUCGGGGGUGCAGUGCUACUUAGAUGACAUAUUAGUGACAGGAAGAACAGAAGCAGAGCAUCUGAGUAAUCUGGAUAGUACACUCCAGCGACUAAAGGAAUAUGGCUUAAGAGUGAGAAAAGACAAAUGUGAGUUUUUCAAGCAGUCUGUUGAAUAUCUUGGGCAUGUGAUCGAUGCUGAUGGACUGCACAAGGCACCUUCAAAAGUAAGAGCCGUUCUAGAGGCUCCAGCACCACAGAACGUCAGCCAGCUCCGCUCAUUCAUAGGUCUUCUGAAUUACUAUGGUCGAUUCAUCAAUGGCUUAGCCACACUGCUGAAACCUCUACACCAACUUCUGUGUAGUAAUCAGGCAUGGGAAUGGACACAGCAAUGUGAGACCACUUUUCAAGAAGCCAAGAAAGCUCUGGUAAAGUCUGGGGUGCUGACCCAUUUUAAUCCAAAACUCCCCCUGCAAUUAGCUUGUGAUGCAUCACCCUAUGGUGUGGGAGCCGUGAUUUCCCACAUCAUGCCUUCGCGCACCUUGAACAAAGCGGAGAGCAAGUAUGCGCAAAUCGAGCGAGAAGCUUUGGGAAUCAUUUUUGGUAUUCGGAAAUUUCACCAGUACCUGUAUGGCAGGCAGUUUAUACUGCUGACUGAUCACCGGCCUUUAACCACCAUUCUUGGGCCGCACACAGGUAUCCCCUCUCUAGCAGCGAGCCGAAUGCAGAGAUGGGCUCUGCUGUUGUCAGCACACACAUAUGAAAUUAGAUAUCGGAAGGCAGAGCUGCAUGGAAAUGCAGAUGGUCUAUCAAGACUACCGUUACCCGUGACAUGUCCUGAGAGCAAGCAGAAAGACAUUUUCUACUUUGAGCAAGUCACAAUGGCUCCAGUGACAUCAACACAGGUGAGAAGAUGCACACGGAACGAUCCAAUUCUGUCUGCAGUCUUGGAAAUGGUAAAAGAUGGACAUGUCCCUAAGGACACCACCAACAUGAAGCCAUACCUGUCUAGGAAGAACGAAUUGUCGGUUCAUUCAGGAUGUCUUCUCUGGGGACAAAGAGUCAUCAUUCCCCCAUCGUUGAGGAAACCAGUCCUCCAGCAGCUCCAUGUGGGCCAUUGUGGUAUCGUGCGAAUGAAGGAAAUGGCACGAAGUUAUUUUUGGUGGCCGGGACUUGAGGGGGACAUUGAAGGUAAAGCAAAGUCAUGUCCAUCCUGCCAACAAGUGAGAAACGAACCUCAAUUGGCCCCAUUACACCCGUGGGACUGGCCAGAAACCCCGUGGCAGCGUGUACAUGUGGAUUUUGCUGGCCCGGUUGAGGGAAAGAUGUUGUUAAUAGUGGUGGAUGCCCACAGCAAGUGGCCUGAAGUUGCUGUUAUGCACUCUACAACUGCUGAGAAAACAGUAGUAAAACUGGGAGAAAUGUUUAGCCGUUUUGGCUACCCUACCAAAGUGGGUACCAGCGACAGUGAUAGCUCAGACCGGCCCAGUGUCAUACACUGUACUAACAUCUGACAAGCUUAUCUGGAAAAGACACUUGGAUCAGCUGUUGCUGGGAUCUGCCCCGGAGGCUGAGUCUGCUGUUACCACACCCAUUGUUUGUUCAGACUCUCCAAUGUUUCCAGAAGUGAUGGUGGACUCAGCACUUACACCAGUGGAAGGACCUGCACCACCAGAGACUGAAAGCAUUCCGCAGAUGGAAAACUCUGAAAAACAACCUACACCAAGCUCCAACAUUUCUGUUUCGGAGCCCGUGUCAAACACAGAACGCCGCUAUCCCACGAGGGAAAGACGCCCACCAAAAAGGCUUGAUUUAUAGUGAUAGAAAUAAAUAAAUAAAUAAAAAAAGAUAGAUAAACAGAAGAAGAAGGAAAUGUGCAACUACAAUAUUUGACAGUUUAAGUUCUUUAUUUCAAUUUCGUUAAAUAAUUGGCUGCAGAUGUAAGGAUGUUUUUGUUCUAUUUCAUGUUGAUACGUUCUUUAAAAAAAAAAAAAAAAAAAAAAAAAAAACAAGUAAAAGAAAAGUGGACUUUCUGUUUUGGGGGGGAGGAGUGUUAUGUAUGAAUAAAAUAAUAAUUGUGACUUUAAUACGUAAGUAAUGGAUGGAGUAACGUAGCGAUGACGAAGUGAUUGCUCUGAUAUACAAGUGCAAUGUGAGCAUUAAAAAGAGGCAACGCAAGUUCUUUUGUCCCUGGAUUAUUAUUUCUGACUAUUCUUGAGUGUCCUCUGUCUCAAGUAAAAAGGGAAAGACAUGACAGCUUUAAUCGCAUGUUUGGCAAUUUCAUGAGUUCACUUACAACAGAACAACGACCAUCGUUGCUCGUAGUUUCUUUUGCGCUUUAUUUAAGCUAUAAUAAAGUCAUUAUGCAGCGCGCGCCGG